GGGCGGUGGGCAUUGGAAACUGCCCCUAGGGUUAAAGAACUUUGCGUGGAUCAGUAGCAGAAAUGCCAAUUCAAUUCACUCAUCUUCCCCACUCUUUUAAAAUAUACUCGGCCCUCUACUAAUCACCACUAGUCUAAUCCCUCACCUCCCUUCUCAACAAACUCACCCAUGGACGCCCCAAAAGCCGGCGCCUCUCUCAUAAAGCAGCUAGCUUCCUGCCACAAGCCCACCCGCGACAAGGCCCUCCGCCUCCUCCUCAACACCUGGCUCCCCGCCCAGACUCAAAUUUCUGAUAACGACAUGAAGAAGCUGUGGAAAGGCCUCUUUUAUUGCGUCUGGCACGCCGAUAAACUCCCCGUUCAAACCCAACUCAUCCAAAAUCUCUCCUCUAUCCUCGCCGCCCUCCCCCUUCCUCUCUCAAUCCAAUACUUCUCCGUCUUCUUCCUCACCAUGCGCUCCGAGUGGCCCGGCAUCGAUGCGCUCAGGUUAGACAAGUUCUAUUUGCUGAUUAGGACUUUCUUGCGUUAUUUUUUUGAGAUUUUCAAGAAGCAUUCGGGGGAUUUAGAGAUUUCUAGGAGAUUAACGAGGGUUUUAAUUGAUAAUUGUUUUUUAGUUGAGGGUAAGGUUAAAGGUGAUGGUGUGAAUUAUCAUGUUGUUUCGAUUUUUGUUGAGGAGCUUAGUCCCUUUUUGCCUUUGAGGAAGGAAGCUGUUGAGGAAGUUUUUGGACCGUUUAUUUCGGUUAUGGGGAAAGGGCAAGAUAAGGUGUUGUUAGGGAAGAUUAAGAGUGGGGUGUUUGAGGUGUUGUUGAAGAUGGGGAAUAAAUUAUUGGAGAUGAAGAAGUCGGGAUGUGAGGUUGAUUUGUCUGAUGAUGUUGUGAAGUUGGGAACAAUUGCGAUGGUCAUGGGAUUUUCGGCUAAGUUUUUUGAGUUUGGAUCUUCUGUUGAGUGUUUUCAAGGGAAUAGGAAGGUGUUAUUUGGUUUGCAUGAAGAGUUUCUCAAAUUGGAGAAGGAUUUGGAGUCUUCUCGGAUUGUUAUUUCGAUUCCUGAGGUUAAUGUCGAUGAUGAAAAUGAUGAGGUGCCGGAAUUGGUUCCUAUUAACAAUGACAUGGAAGUGGAUGCAUCUGCUGACGGUGUUGUCCUAAGAUCUGCCAGUAAAGUCUUGAAGAAAUGCAAGAAAGCCAAAAAGGUAUCUGGUGGCAGUGACGAAAAGGAGAAAAAACAUAAGAAGAAGAAGAAGAAAAGUAAUUCUGUUUCUGAUUUUGGUAGUGAAUAUGGUGCUACCGAUAAGGGAGAGGAGAAUGUAGUUAGUACAGCUCUAGAUAUUUCAAAUGAUGAACAUAGUGCUGAUCCUAAUUUGAUUUCAUUCAAUGUGUCUGUGAUAUCCAAUCUCCAGAUGCAGUUUGAGAAAGUUGCUGCUGAAGUUGGCUUGGAUAGUAAUGUUGAAAGGGCUUGUGAUUUGCCAAAUAUUGCAGUUAAUGGAACUGUGUCCAAGAAGAGGAAGAGAGCAAAGAGUGCCAAUGGAAAGCAAUCACAGAACCCAGAAGCUGAUCAGGUAGAUGCUGAAGUUAGCCUAAGUGCGAAGAGUAGGGAGAAGAGUGCAAAGAAGGUAAGGUUUUCCAUGAAAAACAACUUGGUGUGGAAACCCCAAAGUCCUUUACCUCCACAAAGUUUGAGAUUACCUCCUUCUGUUACCCCAAGAGGAAGUGCACUCAAGAAAGGGGUAGCUCCAGGUCCCAUCAGGGAGAUGCCUCUUGCAAUUAAAAAGGCGAAACAAAGAGCUAAAUCUGCAAAAAAGGCUCGGAAGGUGGUAAAGAUCGUGAACCCAGCCCAUAAAAGCGUGAAGAAGUUAAAAUCUCGUUCCACCCACUAGGGUGUAAUUUUGGUUUAGUCUUUUGUUGAAUCAAAACCCAUUUCAUUAGUGUUUGCAUCAUUCUCUUGCUUCUAAGGAUUCUCUUGCUUUCAUUUGCUGUAUAAUUUUUUCAAACAAUGUUAGUUUUAACCAAAUGAAGAAAAUUGAUGUGUAGAGGUUGACUUUGUUUUUUA